CAGCCACAGCCGCGGUGGCGCCCACCCCCCCACCCCACCCCACCCCACCCCCACCACCACCCCCAACUAGGUAGCUUCAUCCAUUCAUGGCCCCACCUCAGCUUAUAAGUUAUAAUUCCAUGCACAAGAUUUUGUUGUGAAGCAAACGAUGAGCAUAUCGGUGAACGGGCAGUCGCAGGUGCCGCCGGGGUUCCGAUUUCACCCGACGGAGGAGGAGCUGCUGCAGUAUUACUUGAAGAAGAAGGUUGUCUCGGAGAAGAUUGAUUUGGAUGUCAUCCAAGAUGUGGAUCUCAACAAACUCGAGCCUUGGGAUAUUCAAGAAAAGUGCAGAAUAGGGACGACCCCGCAGAACGAUUGGUACUUCUUCAGCCACAAGGACAAGAAGUACCCGACGGGGACGAGGACGAAUCGCGCCACGUGCUCCGGCUUCUGGAAGGCCACGGGCCGGGACAAGGUCAUCUACGGGAACUCCACGAGGAUCGGGAUGAGGAAGACUCUCGUCUUCUACAAGGGCCGCGCCCCCCACGGCCAGAAAUCCGAUUGGAUCAUGCACGAGUACAGACUCGACGACAACGCAACACCUAAUAAUAUUGCGGCCGCCUCUGUGUGCAACGGGGCGGGAGAGGGAGGGCAGGAGGAGGGCUGGGUGGUCUGCCGAGUGUUCAAGAAGAAAAGCCUCGGCCACAAAGCGUCGGACUGCAGUCCGAUCGGCGCGACGUGGCCUUCGCCCACGUCGAUGAGCACCAUGAAUUCAUGCAACGAGGCGAGUUUGGAGGAAAUGCUGCAGUCCAUGGGCACUCCUUCUAGAAGAGACUUCGAUACAGACAACAACAACGACAACAACAACAAUAACAACAACAACAACGACAACAACAACAGCUGCAACAGACGAUAUAUGAAACUCCCGGGGCUCUACAACUCAUCAUGCCGCACCCAAACAAACUACUACCAGCCGCUCAACCUGCAAAUGCUCGGCGGCGACGAGAUCGCCGCCGACUUCCCGACAUUCCUCUCCCAGCCGCCCGACGCCAUCGGGAUCCAGGACUGGGCGGCGCUGGACCGGCUCGUGGCGUCGCACCUCAGCGACGCCCCGAGCAAACCGCUGCACGCCGCACUGUCUCACGACAGUGCGGGUUCUAGGAUGACUUUUGGUUGCCCCGACGACCCGCUGCUGCACUUGCAGCAGCGGUCUUCGUCGUCGUCUUCGAGCAGACGCUACGGCGUCGCUGCGACGGCGGCGACGAAUGAUUACCAGAACGAAGGCGAUCUCUGGAGCUUCGCCCCGACGUGUAACGAUCAGCUGUGCGACGUGUCGGCCGUUCACCCCAUCUAGGGUAUCGUAUAAUUGAAGAAUGUAGUUAUAAUUAAUAAUGUGUCUUUACCAAUAAGUCAGAUCGAUUAGCUUUGAUUAAUUAUUAAUUGCAUACACUUUAUCAUACUCCUAUUUACGUGACUCUGUACAUAUAUAGUAUUCAAGGAAUUUGGAAUCUAUUGAUUGAAUUUAAUCACA